UCAUAAUAAGAGAUAUAGAUAUUUAUUCUGUUUUUAAAAAAUAAAUUGCAUAGGAAACGCCGGAUAAUAUAAUAUAAUAUAAUAACGUACGUAGCUGAAAUUAUGAAAUGAUUCAUAUUCUCGAGAUUUUAAAUUAAUAUUAUGUAUCAUUUUAAUUGUUUUUUUAAUUUUCUCUUUAUUAUAUCAUUUAUUAUUAUACUGUUAAAUAUUACAAUAUACGUAUCUGAAUAUAUCCGUAGUUUCUAUAUACUUCUCAUUAUUUAUAAAUUGGAACUUGGACAAAUAUUUGUAAGAAUACAAAAUAAGUACAUUUUACAUAAUUCUAUAUAAACAAGAUGUUAUCAUUACAAUAUCUUUUUCAGCGUAACUUCCGCAACAUGAAAUUACUCCAGUUCUGGAAUACAUAUUACGAUAUCUAAACUAAAACCUAAAAAUUUAUGCACCUGUUCUUGACGAAACGCUCCGUGUGAAUAUUCAUAUUUACGAUCUACAAAAGGAGAAACGUGCUUUUGAUGAGGAAUUAAUCUUUUCGAAGAAGAAGAUCGUAAUUGGAUGCCAAACGAUUUUGAGUUUGUUAGUUACUUUAAUCCUCUAAGAGGUAUUAUGGAACCAGGAUUAUUCAUUGGAUAUAGAUUAUUUCCAUCUACCCUCGAACACAUAAAAAAUGUUUUGUACGUCGGAUUGCACCAAUCUUUCAACGAAUUCGAAAUUAAUUUGGUUACCUGCCCCUGUCUAACCAGACCGCCAUACAAUCUUGCCGCAGUUGGACUAUCUGGUAACACGUCGUAUUUGCGCGUUGGUGGGUCAUAUAAUUUAAUGCCAAACCCGCAAACAGAAAUAACAUACGACAUUCGAGAUGAAUUAUUAAGAUAUUGUCAUGAUUCCUUUAUUAUUGGAGGAGGUUAUGCCGCGAAACCAUCUAUGCUUUACAAUGGUCUUCUUACUAUGAAUGCGACAGUCUUGCCACCUGAAAAUGUUAAUAAUAACAGUCGUAUCGUUUAUGAAGAUGAUAUUGGGCAUUUACAACUGAAAGAGAUCACAAAUUCCAAUCAAAUGGUAUGCUCUAUGUUGGGCAACUUCUUCUUCAGUGAAGGCAGACAAGGAAUGGUGAUCAAAAUACGUGCUAAAGGGCGCAGAUUCCGUGGCAGCAUCAUGAUAAGAAUGCAGGAUGUUCUGAGAAGUUAUUGUCAAUGUUCAGUUGUUUUAGGUGGCGUGUUCGUAAUAAACGGGGGACAAGCCGAAUGCUAUAUUACACCAGAAAAUUAUCCAAUGAACCUUAGAUACCCGGACGGGUAUCUUAGAUGGUUAAAGAGAUAUCGAUAUGACUGUAAGAAUCUAAUAGCUGUUGGCGCAUUAGGCAAUACUAGAUUCGAUGUUCUUGUACGGCUACCUAACGGAUAUCUGAUAGACAGCCGUUAUAAAUUUCACAUUUUCUCUAAAGAUGAACCGGCCGGCAUAUUCGUGAACGAUAUCACAUCGGAAGACGGCAUAUUCGUGAACGAUAUCACACCGGAAGAGACAGAAUACAUUGGUUACUUUAAUAUAGCGCGAACAGCAUAUCUCUAA